UAAAGGAUGAAUGAGCUGCUCAUUAGGCAUCAUUAAAUUAUCUAGCAGUUGGCUCAAACUCCCUCUGUUCUCCCAAUUCCCCUAUCCAACCAAUCCCCAGCUAUCUAUAAAUCGAUUCUUUCUUCCGUUGAUGACAAAAGUAUACCCGAAUGCCAACGCCGCGUCUGGGAAUGGUGCUGCAGCUCCAAAGCUGGCCUUCCCGGCCGAUCAUGACAAUUCAUCAACUGUUGUCCUCACCGUUUGGAAAAAAUCGCUGCUUUUCAAUUGCGACGGUUUCACUGUGUUUGAUAACCAAGGUAACCUCGUCUAUCGCGUCGACAAUUACAACGCCGGCACCAAGGCGGAGAUUGUACUCAUGGAUGCUUCUGGAAACUCUCUCCUCACUAUCCGCCGAAAGAGGAUAAGCCUGGCGGACAGCUGGUUGGUGUUCGAAGGAGAGACGGCCGUCAAUCCGCUGUUUUCAGUGAAGAAGAAUGUCAACCUUUUUAACACCAAGUCCUUGGCGCAGGUGUAUGAGCACAGAAAAGCUUUAUCUUCAACAACGUCGCCAAAGAAGAACAACGUGGUUUACGAGAUUGAAGGAUCCUAUACGCAGCGUUGCUGUACUGUUUACGACCACAAGCGACGGCCGGUGGCUCAGAUCAAGCGUAAGGAGGAGGCUGUAAGAGGGGUAGCGUUCGGGAUCGACGUCUUCCGUCUCAUUGUACAACCUGAAGAAAUUCAUCCCUCCAUGGCCAUGGUCCUUGUUAUCCUUCUUGACCAGAUGUUCGGAUCUCAUUAUUCCAUUACCAAGCGAUUUUCUACUUGUUGAAAUUCAAGAAUCCCAAUAAAAGGCGGCUCAACCAGUACGCAACAUAACUUGUCGUCGGGAAGUUGCUUCAGCGGAAAAUCCUCCGCUUUGCGUAUAUAAAAUUCUUCUGCAAAUUUCGCCUACAUGACUCGUUACCUGUUACCUUAUUAUCUUUUUCCUUUUUUGUUUCUGUUUUGUGCUUAUUUGCUCCACAGCUAGCUAGUCUUUUCCUUUUAAAUAAAAGACUAAGCUAAGAGUGGGAAUUGUAAAUCUUAUUGUAAAGCACAUACAAGGACAAAUAUCUACAUCGAAUACUAGGAAACAUUAAAGCCGCCACUCCUUAAAUCUAAGCACCCUCCACUGUGAAUUUCUUCUUCCUCUCAAAACUCAUUUGAGUAUAGGCGAGAACAGAAGGGAUUUUUAUCUAGCUAUACUAUAAUAGAAAUAUAUUUACUAUCUUUA